CACAGUAGCCGCCGCCGAAACGUAGGUUUUUGGGGAAAUCAAGCGUGUUGUGCCCAACGGAACCCACCAUCAAACCCGCCGGUACAGUAGGGGAUUGAAGCCUACAGUUAACAAUUGCUGCCCAUUGAAACACCGGGACACCAUCUUCUGCCGGUCGCCAGCAGCUGAUCAACAACCAGUCAUCAUCAAAACGUUUAUGUUCCUGGCUAGCGAGAGAAGCAACUAAACACUAGUAGCAAAGAGGCACCGUUUAUUGAUUGCUUGCUGAACUUCGUUAGGAAAACCUACCACCAGCCAUGACCGAGUUGGCCACAAAGUACAACUUAAUCGAUGAAAAGCCUCCAUUCAAUGCGCCCCUGAAGGCGCAAUACAAACAGGGAUUCGGUUUCUAUACGAUGCGUGAACGAUUACCGAUCAUACUGACGCAGGUGAUCGAUCAGUUGUCGAAGGAUAAGGAACAGAUAGCGGCCAACUUUGGCGGGGACACAGCACGGGACGAGCUAAAGUCGGCUAUCGGGGAAAUCUCGAAGCUCAAGUACGAGCUGCAGACGGAUAAGGACUUCAAACCCAUCCGAAGCACCGUCGGGGAUGAAACGUUAUGGAACAGCUUCAUACAGGGGUUGGGCGAAGAGAACUCGUACUACUCCGCCUGCUGGCUGUACGCGGAGACGUACAUGUACCGUCGGCUUAACAACAUUUUCGAGAACACAACAACGCUGCAAAAGCUGGACUACUUUCAGCAACAGAAACAUAAGGCUCUGACGAACUCGUACGAUGCGAUGGUAGCUGUGGUGCGAUCGAUCGAUGCAUUCAACGAAACCAACCGAUCACGCGAAGAGAUCGGAGAGUUCUUCCGGAAGCUGUUGAAGCUCAACCUGUGGGGCAACCGUUGCGAUCUUUCGAUCAGUGCCGGGCAGGAUGUGAAGCAGGAUGGUGAUCCGUUCAGCAUGUUAGAGACUCUCGAUCGUUGCAUAGUCAGCGAUCAAACGCAAGCCAUAUGGAACUGCCUGUUGACCAAUGGAGCAGCAGAAUCGGGUGUAGUGGAAAUCAUCAACGAUAACUCGGGCUACGAGCUGUUUACCGACCUCUGUCUGGCGGAUUUCAUCAUUCAACAUCGGAUCGCAUCAAAGGUGUGCUUCAACGUGAAAGCGAUCCCGUGGUACAUUUCGGAUGUUACGCCGAAGGACAUGCAAUGGACGCUCGAUACGUUGGCGGAUCAUCCGACGCAACCGCUACUGGCGCAGUUUGGUGAACGAUUGAAGCGCCACUUCCAGUCCGGCGCAUUCGAGAUGCGCCCCGUAGACAACUUCUGGACCUCUCCGUACGAAUUCUAUCGUAUGGCCGAUAUAGCGCCGUCCCUGUACGAGACGCUGAGCCACGCCGUGUUACUCAUCUUCAAGGGUGAUCUCAACUAUCGGAAAUUGUUGGGCGAUUUUAACUUCCCGUACACGACACCCUUCCCUGACGUGUUGCGCGGAUUCCUGCCCACCAAUCUCUGCACCCUGCGCACCGUGAAGGCGGAUUUGAUCUGCGGCAUACCCGAAGGGUUGUCCGAGGAGUUGUCCAAGAAGGACCCCUCGUGGAUGGUAACGGGCGAAUACGGUGUGAUACAGUUCGCCUCUAAAUAAUAACUACGAUGAACUCGGGGGGGUCGGCAGGUUGUUUGUUUUCCACUUCUAUGCGUUUCGAUGUUUGGGACUGACUAAUACAUUUGCGUUGAAUAAAGCGAUUGUGGCAUGCUUUUUGUUACCCUUAUUAC